AUGGGAGUUUUCACUUUCGUCUGCAGGGAAACCGGCGGCGCGUGGUCUGCUAAGCAACUCAACGGUGAUCUCCACGCUUCGGCCGACAAACGGUUCGACCUCGAGCGCAAGCUCGUCCAUGCCGCCCUCGCCGUUGGCUCCUCAGGCGCCGUUCAGAGUUCCUUCUCCUACGUCACCCCUUCCUCAGGCGUUAUUCAGGUGAUAGUUGGUGGUGCCUCCGUAGGAGGUGGAGUUGCCGCCUCGACCCCAGCAGCUUCCAGCGGUGAUGCGGUGGCAGAGACAGAGGACAAAAAUAAAGAGAAGGAGAAGGACGAGGAGAGUGGGGAGGAAGACGGUUUUAUUUUUAACCUUUUUGAGUAG